AUGGCGGAUAAGACGGUGCUGAUUGUUUACGCACAUCAGAGUCCGAAGUCUUUCAACUGUGCGGUGAAGGAUGCAGCUGUAAAGGCUUUCACAGAUCAGGGCUGUAAGGUCCUUGUGUCGGAUCUCUAUGCCAUGAAAUUCAAAGCUGCAGCAACUGAGGAUGAUAUCAAAGGUCAGCUGAAGAACCCUGAACACUUUAUCUACAAUGAGGAGUGCAUGCAUGCCUGGAAUGAAGGCAUCCUAAGUGAUGACAUCAAAGAGGAGCAACGUAAAGUCGAACAGGCCGACCUCAUCAUCUUCCAGUUUCCACUUUACUGGUUCAGCGUCCCAGCUAUAAUGAAAGGCUGGAUAGACCGAGUGCUGACUCAGGGAUUUGCCUUCACGCUCCAGAACCUCUAUGACUACGGCAUGUUUAAGAAUAAAAAGGCCAUGUUGUCUUUCACUACCGGAGGAAUGGAGACCAUGUACAUGCCAGACGGUCUCAAUGGAGACAUCAAUGUUUUAUUGUGGCCCCUACAGAAUGGAAUUCUGCGCUUCUGCGGUUUUCAGGUUCUGGCCCCUCAGAUCUUCUGGAGUCCUGCACACACUCCUGCUGAUGUAAGAGCGACCUUGUUGGAGGGGUGGAAGAGCAGGUUGCAAGGAAUCCUGGACGAAAAGCCACUGUCCUUCACUCCCACUGAGCUCUUUGACCUCGACUUUAAGGCAGGGUUCAGACUCCGGCAGGAUGUGAAGGAGGAGUAUGCCUCUAAACCAUACGGCCUGACCACAGCUCACCAUCUGGGAAAACCGCUUCCUCCAAACAACCAGACCAAGUCUAAAUAAGGAGCGACCUGAGCCAACUGAUCAAACAAACCCCAUUAAGAUAUGUAGUUUG